AGUGGUCGCACCUGUCAGAAUCGCCCAAUUGUCGUAUGACAGUUGUUACGGCUUAAAAUUAUUGUUGUUAUUUUCUGUUCUUCGACGACAUGGUUUUUAAAUUCUCGAUUGUUUAAGGCGAGGGUGAUAUUGGGAAACGAUGGCGCCAGAAACAAUUAGGAAAAGGAGGAACGAUGUGCAUAAAGAGCAGGAAGCCGUGGAUGAGAAGAAAGUUGAGAGCGAGGAUGCGAAAGUUGUGAAACCAAAAUAUGGACCGUACGUCACAUUCCCUUACCAGAGAGUUUGGUCACGCUGUAUUUUAAUUUUAGGAGUAAUGCUCAUUGUCUGGUAUAAUAGCAAAAAUAGUAAAGAGGUUGUACUGGCCCGUCAGAAAGACAUUUUAGUAAGUAGAGCAUUGAAUGUCGAGUGUUCGGACGAUUACAAGUCAGAAUUGGAUAAGUUCUCGGGCUGUCUUCCUGAGAAAUGUGGAAGAGUGGUUACGGAUAAAUUGGUCUCUGCAUCCGAGGCUGAUAUGCUAUUGCGCUUCGCUAAAAGUGGUCUGAAACUUGGCGAGGUAGAUGGUGGAGUAAAGAUAUUGGAUUUGCAAAGCGGUGCCUUGAGCAAAGGUGACAAAUUUAUCAAUGUUUAUUCGCUCAAGGAAGCCCAGAAGCUUUUUAACAGUGCAGAUUUUGCUAUUUACAAAGUUGUCAAAACUAAAAUACAGCAUGCGAUAGCUCACCAUUUUGGAGUAAACGCAAAUAAAAUUUAUUUGACAAAACCAACGUUCUUUUCUCAAAUUACCAAUAUACCCGCUAAAACGAUACAUGACGAAUACUGGCAACCACACGUUGAUAAAGAAACGUACAAAUCAUUCCAUUACACGUCUUUGCUGUACCUAAGUGAUUACGGUAGAGAUUUUGAAGGAGGUAGAUUUAUUUAUAUCGAUAAGAAUGGCGUAAACACUACUGUAGAGCCUCGUAAAGGCAGAAUUUCUAUGUUUACGUCGGGUAGUGAAAAUUUGCACGCGGUGGAGAAAGUUACCCUAGGGACACGUUAUGCAUUGACCGUGUCUUUCACGUGUGAUAAGGAUUACGCUACGUCGGAUCCAAAUUUUGAUAAGAUCAAGGAUAUAUAAAAAUGCGCAAUGAAUUACCAAUAAUAGUAUUGAAAACUUUAAGACUGGGAAAUCCUUUGUGUCUCAGUAAUCUAAACAUUCGCAACGCAAAGUCGUCAUCUCAUAAUGGCAAUGAUUUUAUUUUAUAAUCACAACGUAUAAAUACAUUAUUGAUUUUAAGAGCUGACCAAUCU